AUGACAGUAAGUAAUAACGACAACAGUAGCGAAAUUAAGUCUGAAAAUGAGAUCAAAGAUGCUUUGGUAGUGGACGAAAGAAUAGAACAUACGAUAAUGUAUUCAGAUAUAAGUGAAACAUCAUCUUUAUCAGCAUCACCAAGAUGA